GCCGCAAUUUGGGGUCGUCACGGUUCUGACCUUCACCUUGAGACAUGACCCCGCCCGAGCUAACCUGUCAACCACGCUUUGUCGUGUGAAGUCUUACGACAAAACUUGACAGCGGAGGCCCAUCUACAUUAAUCAGACAUCCGACCGUGUGUGAUAAACCUGAUGUUGACCGUGUAAAGCUACAUCUUGGAGCCGAUGUAACGCAGCUGGAUGGCGCCUUCGACCUUAGAAGCUUCCCGCGUGAGCACGUGGCACGUAGACGUCAGAUGUCCCUGAAAAUGUCACAGCGGUGCUAACAGAAGCUAACGAGUGCAAUUGAGCUCCGGGUGAAGACGAAAUUAUCAAGAUGAUGUUGAGAAAAGUACUUCGUCCAGACUGCGUUGGUUGGGCGUUUUCAGCAAUAAUUAUUUGUGCACUGAUGUGGACUUUAUAUAAUCUACGCACCUUACCAGACUGCUGGGCAAAGCCUCGCCAUCUCACAGUUGCAGACGUCGGGGGCAGCAGUGAGGACCCCACGAUAAUGGUGGACGACCAAGCCGCACGUGCUUUGCACCUACGAGUGCGUGUGCUGUGCUGGCUUCCGUCCACGAAAGCGAGGCUGGAGGGGGCGCUGAAGGCGGUGAACGAGACGUGGGGGCGGCGCUGUGACGGGAGGGUGUAUUUCGUCAACACCGGGCACACGGCCAACGACGUCGUCGACGUGGGCGGACUGGACGGCUACGACUACCUGUCCAGCAAGUCGGCGGCGGCGCUCAAGUACCUGUAUCACCAUCAUCUUCACCACUACGACUGGUUCAUCAAGGGGGAGGAUGAUACCUACAUUAUCGUUGAAAACCUUAAACUUCUCCUGUCCCAUUACAAUGCCAGCUCACCUGUACAUCUAGGCACCGGGUACUUCAAUGACCACUUGCCAGGUGGCGCCUCCUACGUCCUCAGCAGAGAGGCGUUGAGGCGAGUGAACGAAGAAGGAUAUCGAAAGAUGCCUGACAGACGGUGGUCACGAAGACAAGGAAGUCGCUAGGUGUCUCCAACUGUAGGGGUGGCUACCCAUAAUACACGUGACCGCUUCGGCCGUAACACGUUCCACCCGCUUAGUCCCAGGGAACACAUCGUGGGGCCUGUACCUGAAGUACGAAGACAACAA